AUGACAAGAUCCAUACUCUCCGUCAAUGCGGGGUCAUCCUCCGUCAAAAUCACCUUCUAUAACUUGGAGAACCCGCCAAGAGCUAUCGCAGAUGCGGAGAUCUCUGGGAUCACCGCACCCCCUUCAUCGUUCAAAUACCAGAAGGGAGCUUCCAAACACAAGGAGGAGCUUAAGGAGAAACUGAACACACCCCAGGAUGCAUUCAGUUACCUCUUGAAGCGCUGUUUCAGCGAUCGCGAGCUCUCCGAAAUCGCCAGCGUCGACGAUCUAGCUUAUAUCUGCCACCGCGUCGUCCACGGAGGGGAUUAUCAUGAAGCGGUCGAGAUCAAUGACGAGACACUACACCACCUUGAAGCAUUGGAAGACCUCGCGCCACUCCACAACUUCUCCGCUUUGGAAAUUAUCCGUCUCUGCAGGACUGAACUACCGAAAGUCAAGAGCAUUACCUUCUUCGAUUCAGCAUUCCAUCAGACUAUCCCCGAACCCGUAUACACGUACCCUAUCGAUCAGGAAAUCGCCAAGGCGAAUGGACUGCGCAAGUAUGGAUUCCACGGAAUUAGCUACGGGUUUAUCCUACGCUCGGUUGCGCAGCACCUAGGUAAGCCGGUAGAGAAGACGAACAUCAUUGCCAUGCAUGUUGGCAGUGGAGCUUCGGUUUGUGCGAUCAAGGAUGGAAAGUCGAUUGAUACCUCUAUGGGACUCACACCUCUGGCGGGAUUGCCAGGCGCAUCGCGCAGUGGAGAUAUUGAUCCCUCAUUGGUAUUCCACUACACCAACGAAGCAGGCAAACUAAGUCCAGCAAGCACCAAGGAGAUGCACAUCAGUACAGCUGAAGAAAUCCUGAACAAGAAAUCCGGCUGGAAAGCACUAACCGGAACAACCAAUUUCGGCGAGAUCGCAGUCGCCGACCCACCCACCAAAGCGCACAAACUCGCAUUCGACAUCUUCGUUGACCGCAUCCUAGGCUACAUCGGAAACUACUACGUGAAGCUAAACGGGCAAGUGGACGCGGUCGUCUUCGCCGGCGGUAUUGGCGAGAAAAGCGCCCUGCUACGGCAAACACUAGCAGAUAAGCUCCAAUGUCUGGGCGUGGCGGUCGAUGCAGCAGCUAAUGAUAAGGGGCCUGGGGACGACGAGACGGUGAAGGACAUAUCUGCCGGUGGAGGCAAGGGGCCCCGGGUUUUGGUUUGUCAAACUAAUGAGCAGUUCGAGAUGGCAUACCGCUGCGUCUACGAGAGUGGCUGGGAAGCUGGACAAUGGACAUACCUCUAG